AUGGAGCUGGGCAGCUGCUUCAAGACCUACGAGGACUUCAAGGAGUGCUUCAGCGCCUACAAGAAGGAGAACAGGUGCUCCUUCAUCCUCAGGGACUGCGUCUCCGUCCGCUUCCACAACCUCAACCACGGCACCUCCAUCCGCGAGGACGUCCUAUAUAUGCAGGUGAAAUUUGUCUGUAUUCGGACCCAAUCAAACAGGAAGAGAACACGGGAGGCGGACACGUGCCCGGCCUACUUGCUCCUGCGGUACAACGAGAGUCUAGAUAGACUGUUUAUCAGUGAAUUGAACACCCAGCACAUCCAUGUGGACCCCAAAGCCGCUGGUCAUGGAGAAGAUAGCACUGGCAAGCCGCACAAGACCACGUGCCUGCAGAAACUCCAACCCGUGCAGCCUGCAGCCGAGGAAGACCCUGCCAAAGCAGAGAAGUUGCCAGUCGAACCAUCAUUUUGCCUGGAAAAGGUGCAAGUGCCCUCAAAACCAGAGCAGGAGGGCAUCACUCCUUCUGACCUGGCCAAGAUAGCAAAAGUGAUGAAGAACUUCCUGAAGGUAGAUGAGGGUUCCAUGGCCUCCUUCAGCGUGGGCAACAACCAAGACCUCGACCGGCUCAGCUUCCAGAGCAGCAAGAUGAGCGACCUGUUCACCCGCUUCCCCGAGAAUCUCCUGCUGCACCGAGUGGAGAACAGCCGGGGCCACAUCCUCUACGCCUUCCUGGUGGAGAACAAGGAGCGCGAGGGCCGAGUGGUGCACUUCGCCAUGCUCAAGGCGGAGUCGGCCACCUCUGUGGCCAAGAUGCUGAGCACCUUCACGGAGUUCAAUGCCGACUGGCCCAAGGUCAAGGUGGUCUUUGUGGACCCCUCGUUCCCCUACCGGGCCGUCCUCCAGGAGAUCUUCCCUGCUGCCCGCAUCCUCCUCUCCAUCUACCACACAACCCGCCUCUUGGAGAAGAAGCUGCAGCGCAGCCCGGCAAAUGCGUCCUUCAAAAGGCUCAUGAAGGAGGCCCUGCGGGAGGCUGUGUUUGUCACGUCCGAAGCCAGCCUGAAAAAUCUCUGUCAGAUGUCCCAAGCCCUCCUAGAUGAGGAUCUCUUUAGCUUUCUGCAGGCCCAUUGGUUCUCUUGUGAGCUGCUGUGGUACAUGCAUGUACGGAAGGGCCUGCACGCGUGCAACACCUACAUGGACAGCCUGGACAUCGUCACCAGCAAGGUGUCCAGCCUCUUCCGGGAGCAGCAGUCCCUGCUGGACUGCAUCCUUCGCUUUGUGGAUUACAUAGACUUCUUUAAUACCAAAGGCUUGAAGAACCUGCCCACGGCUCCUCCCAAGUUAAAGAGACCGCGGCCUGCAAGCAUGCCGCCCAAGUCCAAGAAGGCCUUCAGAGUCUGUGGAGGGGGCCUCGGCAGGCUCCCCGGGGAAGGGGUGGAGGCGGAACCGCAGCAGGCUCAGGCGCAGCCCUCCCAGGGCGGCAUGCUGGAUACUCUGCACCAGAGCGGCUCUGAGCUCGCCUACAAGCUGUGUCACAACGAGUGGGAGGUGGUGCAGAACUCCACCCACCUGGUGGACGUGGCCGGCUCCUCGGUGGACGUUCAGCUGCUCGAGGACUCUCACCAGGUCAGCAAAGAUGGCUGUAGCUGCAGUUGUUCCUUUCAACAGUGGUACCACCUGCCGUGCCGGCACAUCUUGGCCCUCCUGCACACCAGCCAGCAGCCAGUGGGUGAAGCCAUGGUGUGCCGCCGGUGGCAGAAGAAAUACCAGCACCUUCUUGGGCCCAACGGGGAGCUCCAGGACCGUGGAGUGCUGCCGAACACAGGCCAGCCUGAGAGGCAGGGGCGGGGCAACAUGAUUCAGGACCUAAGCCGGGAGCUAGCGAACCUGCUGAUGCAGACUGAGGGCCCAGAGCUUGAGGAGCGCUACUCCACCCUGCGCAAGAUUGUGGACAUCUGGGCAGACCCCUGUCAGCCGCCUGAGUGCACGCAGCAGCCGGGAGACUUCCGGGACGUGGGGUGCCUCCCCUUCCUCUGGGGAAAGCUGGAGGAGGGGGAGGGGCUCCCUGCUGCUGAGGCCAUGAUGCAUGAUUGAAGCACGUGCACUGGCGCGUUGGACCACACACUCCUCUCCUUGGAGACGUGAGGCUUCAAAGAGGGCCACGGUGCUAGGGAGCAGCAUUUAACCAGUGUCUCCCUGGGUGUGGCAGUGGGAAGGAGCGCCCCACCAUGUGAUAGUCCUUUGUGUCCCCCUUCAGCCCUACCUUUGGCAUUCCGUGGGCACCUCAUUCAUUGUUCAAGGCCAAAGUUUUCUCUGUGUUGAAAGGUCACCGCUCGUCUGCCCUCAACCGCCGCGAUCAGAUCUUAGCUGCCCUCUAGGGAUGAACCCUGCCCCAGGACAGGGCAAGACAGAUGGGCCCGGAGAAGGGGCUUGUCUGCCGGACAGAGGGAAGGAGGGUGGUCCUUGACUGUUGCUGCUGUUUAUGAAGAAUCUGUUAUUUGUAUCUAUUUUUAUUCAUAUU